CCUAUCAUUUUCGCAGCCUCGUUCGCAGCAGCAGCACUUUAGCAAUUUUGUCCCCAGUCAGCAGUGAAAGUGGUACGCUCAAAGAGAAGAAGCUGAGCUAACUAAUAGCUACAUACAGCACCGAAGUUUUGGGGUAGAAUCUAAAGCUUUUUCAGCGCUCCAAGCUCGCACGCUGUACUCUGCCGGAGGAGCGAGUAGCGGUCGUGUCGGUCAUGGCUACGGGAACGGCGCAGUUGCUGGCGCCCAGCAGGCACGAGGAGGAGAACGACGUCUCCAGCUCGGAGGAGGACGUGGACGGAGAUCUCCCGCCGCCCGUCCCCAAACCAGUCAAGGACGGCCUCCCACAAACUGGGCCAAAGGGAGUUCUGACGGACUUCUACAGAACGCAGCAGGACAGCCGAAGGAAGGCGGUGUUGGAGGAGAAGAGGAGACGAGAGUUGAUCCAGAAACACUCUGCCACCGUCAAGAGCAAGCCAGAAGAGGACAGAGAGAAGCGAGAGACAGAAGCAGCCAACACCACAGACUCCAGAGCCAUCCUCAACCUGGCAAAGGCCCUGGAGGAAGGAGCCCUGGAUCAGGAUCCGUUUGUCCAGCAAUACAGAGCACGGCGGAUGGAGGAGAUGAAAGCCCAGGCUAAACUGGGGAAUUCUCAGAGAAUGAUGUUUGGUAACCUGAUAGAGAUAAGAGGGAGUAAGAUUGAUAACGUCGUGGAGACCGCACCUCCUCAGACCUUCAUUGUCAUACACAUCUAUGACGAGAUGAUUGGAGAGUGUCAACUACUCAACAAGUGCCUCACUAGGCUUGCAAAGCAGUACACCACUGUGAAGUUCUGUCGGGUGCAGUCUCAUCAACUCAACAGCCAUUUGAGCUCCGAAUUUCUGGAGACUGCACUGCCAGCCAUGCUGGUCUACCAAGGAGGUCACCUGGUGGGGAAUCUCCUGCGAGUGACUCAGACACUCAAAGAUGAAUUCACAGAGGAGGACGUGGAAAUGUAUCUUCACGAGCACAGCUGUCUUCCUCCAGACUCUGAGAAAGAGGAGCUCCUGUCAUCAUCGGCUGGGAAGAAGCUCCUUGGAAACUCCGCCUCCUCAGACUCCGACUAAUUUUUACAUUAUUACCUCAUAGUUUCUUGAUUUCGCAAGUUUUUGUUAGCGUUAUUACACAGCACUUUAUUCUUUUCUGCAUCAGUUAUUAUGCAUAGCUCUUACUUUCUUCUUAUUGUUUUUGAUCACCCAUAUUAUACUUCAAGGAGUGCUUUCAUUGUGUGCAUAUGCAAUAAAAAUUGAAGUCAAUUUAUAAAUAUUACGAGUUUUGUUAAAUUUAUCUGCCAACCAAAUUUUCAGCCAUGUAGCCAUCCUGUGUCACUCUGCCCGUAUCAUGCGUGAGGAGGGAGUAUAUAAGAGUGAUGGAGGAAAAAUCG